CUUUCUUUCUAAUUUAUUCCUCUUUUAUAACGCUCCUUAUUCCCCCAUUUUAUAACGCUAGCUCCUCCUCUAUAUAUUUGCUCACAUUGUUUUCACAACACAGAAGAAAAAAACAAAAAAUCAAACAAAAGCUUUGGAUCGAAACAAUGACAAAGUCCUAUGAAGAAGAGCACGCCAAGAAGGCCUUUGGUUGGGCUGCCAGAGAUUCAUCUGGAGUCCUUUCUCCCUUCCAUUUCUCAAGAAGAGAAAACGGAGAGAAAGAUGUUACAUUCAAAGUGUUGUAUUGUGGAAUAUGCCACUCUGAUUUGCAUAUGCUCAAGAAUGAAUGGGGAAAUUCCACCUAUCCUCUUGUGCCUGGGCACGAGAUUGUUGGUGUAGUGACAGAGGUGGGAAGCAAAGUGGAGAAGUACAAAGUUGGUGACAAGGUUGGCGUGGGUUGCAUGGUUGGCUCUUGUCGCUCAUGCGACAGUUGCGCCAAUGAUCUUGAGAAUUACUGCCCAAACAUGAUUCUCACUUAUGCCUCCAAAUACUACGACGGAACCACCACCUACGGCGGUUACUCCAACGUCAUGGUGGCCGACGAGCAUUUCAUCGUUCGCAUUCCGGAUACCUUACCCCUUGAUGCUGCAGCUCCUCUCCUCUGCGCUGGGAUCACAGUGUACAGUCCCUUGAAAUACUUUGGACUCGAUAAGCCUGGUCUUCAUGUGGGGAUCGUUGGCUUAGGUGGGCUAGGCCACGUGGCUGUCAAAUUUGCCAAGGCUCUCGGGGCUAAGGUCACUGUCAUUAGUACCUCCCCAAAUAAGAGGCAAGAAGCUAUUGAAAGCCUUGGUGCUGACUCAUUCCUGGUCAGCCGUGACCAAGAACAACUCCAGGCUGCCAUAGGAAGCAUGGAUGGUAUUAUUGAUACGGUUUCUGCUGUCCAUCCUCUGCUGCCUUUGAUUGGUCUUUUGAAGCCUCAUGGAAAGCUUAUUAUGGUUGGUGCUCCGGAGAAACCACUUGAGCUACCAGUUUUUCCUUUGCUAAUGGGGAGAAAGAUAAUCGGUGGAAGUUGCAUUGGAGGGAUGAAGGAAACACAAGAAAUGAUUGACCUUGCAGCCAAACACAACAUCACAGCUGAAAUUGAGGUUAUUCCUAUUGAUUAUGUGAACACAGCAAUGGAGCGCCUUGCCAAAGCAGAUGUUAGAUACCGUUUUGUGAUCGACGUUGCAAACACAAUGAAGCCAGCUGAUACCUCUUCAUAAGCUUAUUUUAUAUUCAUGUAUUUGUUUUGAAUAUGCGCUUAUUACUCACUGGUGUAUGGGACUCAAUAAGAAACCAGCAAUUCCGGCUUAA